GAAGACAGACAGAGAUAUCUCGAAAAUCCGACGUGGCAAGAUAUGAGGGUCCCGCAGAGUGCAAGAUACUCACUCUCACACAGGGCGGAGCAUGUGGAAGCAGGAGGCGCCACGUGUACAACCAACUAGUCCACGCAUGUCCACGUGGCGACCCAUGGGAGGCUAGUCAAGAUCGCGCGUUACUUGAGCCUCUUAUCAACAAAUUAAAUCUCCCUCUCUAAUUUCCCCUCAUGCUUCUUUCCCUGUCUUCUUCCUCUUCUUCUUCCUCCUCCUCCCUUAAGGUUUCUCCCUUUCGCACGCCAUGACUGCUGUAGCUACAGCUGCUGCUCUCUCUCUACCUAUCUCUCUCUGUAGAUCAUCCAAGUUUAACACUAGAAAGGGAGUUAAAGGAAGGUUUGAAGUCUUUGCCGUAUUUGGGGAGGAAGGUGGGUUGGUGGAGAAGAAGAGUCCGUGGGGCACGCUCUUUGACGUGGAGGAUCCAAGGUCUAGAGUUCCUCAGUGUAAAGGGAAGUUCUUGGAUGUAAAUCAAGCUUUGGAAGUGGCUAGAUAUGAUAUUCAGUAUUGUGAUUGGCGAGCUCGGCAAGAUCUCCUCACAAUCAUGCUUCUCCAUGAAAAGGUUGUGGAAGUUCUAAAUCCUCUGGCUCGUGAUUACAAGUCCAUUGGCACUAUGAAGAAGGAGCUUGCCGGGUUGCAGGAUGAACUAGCCCAAGCUCACAGACAGGUCUGUAGAACCCGCUUGAAGAAUUUCUGGUAUCCAGCUGCUUUUUCCACUGACCUGAAUGAAGACACUAUGAUUCCAAUUGAUUGCUUUGAGGAACCAUGGGUUAUCUUCCGGGGAAAAGAUGGGAAACCUGGAUGUGUUCAGAACACAUGUGCACACAGAGCAUGUCCUCUUCACCUGGGCUCAGUGAAUGAGGGCCGCAUCCAAUGUCCCUAUCAUGGGUGGGAAUACUCGACAGAUGGAAAAUGUGAAAAGAUGCCAUCAACACGACUGACAAAUGUGAAGAUAAAAUCAUUGCCGUGUCUUGAGCAAGAGGGAAUGAUCUGGAUUUGGCCUGGAAGUGAUCCCCCAGCAGCCACAUUACCUUCAUUACAGCCUCCACCAGGAUUUCUAAUCCAUGCUGAGAUUGUCAUGGAACUCCCAGUUGAACAUGGACUACUUCUGGAUAACCUUUUGGACCUUGCACAUGCCCCUUUUACUCACACUUCCACCUUUGCCAAGGGUUGGACUGUUCCAAGCUUGGUGAAAUUUUUAACACCUGCAUCUGGUCUCCAAGGAUAUUGGGAUCCUUACCCAAUUGAUAUGGAAUUUAGACCCCCUUGUAUGGUGCUAUCAACAAUUGGGAUCUCAAAGCCAGGAAACUGGAGGGACAGAGUACAAAACAGUGUGCAACUCACCUUCACCAACUUCAUGUAUGCUUGCCUUCAUCAAGACAAAAGACAAGACUAUUAUACAGAAUGUCACUGGAUUUUGCUCCUACUUAAAAACAUUCCUUUCAUGCAGUAUUUAUGGAGGCACUUUGCAGAAAAGGUCUUGAACGAGGAUCUGCGACUGGUAAUUGGGCAACAAGAGCGGAUGAUUAAUGGGGCAAACGUCUGGAAUUCACCAGUGGCAUAUGAUAAGCUAGGAGUAAGAUAUAGGCUAUGGAGAGACGCCGUUCAGAGAGGAGACAGACAAUUACCCUUCGGCAAGUCGAUGUAGAUGUUAGGAUUUAACUUCUGUUACAACCUUUCAGGAAAGCUCCUCCGCCUGCAAACAUUACACUAAGAAUUCCUGCAAAAGCGAGCAACCUUGGCCAAUUCUGCUGUGACUUUCUGGCAUAAAACUCACCGGAAACUGUCGAUUGAUUUGAGGAACAGGAGAUGUUUUUCUAGCUGUCACACAACCCACAUUGUAAAUCAUGAUAGCUGUACACUAUUUUUAUUGGCUUUGUGUACAGUGUCAAAUCCAUUUUUUUUUUUCAAUGUCUCAUUUCUCACCCUAAAAUUCUACUGAAGUUGAUGAUGAAGAUUGUUUUCCAGCCUUACCGUGAUGAGAUUUUGAAGUUGAAAAUGUACCUUCUUCUAGCACGGAACCUGUGUCGCACCAUACCAUAACUAUGUUCAAUGAAAAUUCGUAAAUUUGGGAAGUUCUUUAUU